CUUACUCUUCUGUCUUCUUGCGCUCGCCACACAUCGUCAAACUCGACCUGCGACUUGUGCGUACGAUGGCGUCGUCACUUCGUCCAGCAUCGCGACUGGUUGCGAGACCAUUAUCAGGAUCAAGUAUCCUGCGACAAGUAGACCGAUCACCUUUCUUCUGCGCCACAGCUCAAUUUCACACCUCAAGUCCGCGAAAUGCCUUGCCGGCAGGCCCUCCUCCCUCUGGAUACAGAUUACCUCGUCCGAAGCGAUUUUACGAAGGCGAGAAUGCAAUCAACAAGGCCAGCAAUUAUUUCCUCCUGACAGAGAUGAUGCGCGGCAUGUAUGUCGUGCUGGAACAAUUCUUCAGAGCACCCUACACAAUCUACUAUCCAUUCGAAAAAGGCCCAAUCUCUCCACGAUUUCGAGGCGAGCACGCACUGAGAAGAUAUCCUUCUGGCGAAGAGAGGUGUAUUGCCUGCAAGCUUUGUGAAGCUGUCUGCCCGGCUCUGGCCAUCACAAUCGAGGCUGAAGAACGAGAAGAUGGGUCGAGACGGACCACUCGCUACGACAUUGACAUGACAAAGUGCAUUUACUGCGGUCUUUGCCAGGAAAGCUGCCCGGUCGAUGCCAUCGUCGAAACGCCAAAUGCUGAAUAUGCCACUGAAUACCGUGAAGAGCUGUUGUACAACAAGGAAAAACUACUAGCCAACGGAGACAAGUGGGAGCCAGAACUGGCAGCCGUCGCUAGAGCUGAUGCUCCCUAUAGGUAGAAAGUUGCGAAGGGGUUACCCAAGUUUGUAAAUACUUUUCAUGAUCAACGGCGAGGAAUGGCAGUUUGGUCGACUGGGGCAAAGAGCCACAGAAAACGGCAUUGAAUGGCAAUGCCUUUAUGAACAACGUCGUUAGCACCACCAUCAGUACUGAGCAUAUAUUUCCUUCGCUACCGUUACUGAA